GGCGCGCAAGGCUGUGGCGUGGAGCUCGUGGAGGUCAAGAAUAACUGACAGCAGACACGCAGACAGAUGCUCUCAAAAUUGAAUUCAAUCAUCAAAUCAUCAUACAUCUACAUCAGAAAAGAAAGUUCUUGAGCGGCUCCUCUCGUGCUACUUUAAUUUAUUAUCUACUGUUUGAGCUUUUUCUAGACAAAAUGGCCGAUCAUUUCUUGUUUUCAGUUCUCCUUUUGGUAGUUUUUGUAGGACUGAUUUCAGCCUGCACAAAUCCCCAAGUAACCUCAAAAUCAUUCACUACACAAGAUGCUACAAUUGUAACACAUAUUGGAUUUAUUUCCGAAUUUGAAGUUAAAUGUUCUUCAGGAGAUAUUUCCAGCUUGUAUGCUGAACUUCCUGAUGGCAGUAUAAUCCCUGCAGCUGUCGUAGGAACAAACAAAUACCAGGUUAGCUGGACUGAAGACACCAAAACAGCUGCUAAAGGCACACACAAAAUCCGCAUUUUUGAAGAAGACGGCUAUGCUGCACUCCGUAAAGUACUCAGGGGUAACGAAGCUACCUCAUCUGUAUCUGAAUUCUUCAAUAUAUCUGUUGUGCACCCAGGAGCUUACAGCGGCCCUUGGUUGAGAAGUGAAUUUAUUGCUGUCAUUGCAUCUUUAUUUGUAUCAUAUUUCGCAGUAACGAAGAAAGGAAAAAUUGUCGCCUAAAUUAGCCUAAUGACAUGUUAAGGCUAUAAAAUAAUAAUUUUGUUUUUUACUGUCUUCCAAGCUGUUUUUUUUUCAUUGUAUUAUUUUAGGCAUCUUAACAAUGCUAUUUUUGUAAUGACAAUUAAUAGAAUAAAUUAAUAUUAAAUUGAA